AUGGCACUUCUUCAUUCUCAAUCAUCCUCUGGUUUUUCAGCAUCAUUGUUUGCUCUUCUUUUCCUAGUUCCCCUUCAAUGCCAUGUAGCCUCUUGUGCUCUUUUAUUAAGCUUGAGACACCACCAUAACUACCUUCACCAUCAGAGACCCAUGAUCCAUGCCAACCAAACCAACUGUGCAUUGUUUGUGGGAACUUGGGUUCAAGAUGACACAUACCCACUUUACCAAUCCUCUAGUUGCCCCAUCAUAGAUCCUGAGUUCAACUGUCAAAUGUAUGGUCGCCCAGAUUCUGAUUACCUCAAAUAUCGAUGGAGACCCCUUAACUGCGAGCUUCCAAGGUUCAAUGGGGUUGAGUUUCUUCUGGAAAUGAAAGGAAAAACUGUCAUGUUUGUGGGUGAUUCUCUGGGGCGAAAUCAAUGGCAGUCACUGAUUUGUAUGAUAUAUGCUGCAGCACCUCAGACACAAACGCAAUUUGUCAGGGGAGAGCCACUCUCAAUCUUAAGAUUCUUGGACUACGGUGUGACCAUUUCAUUUUAUAGAGCUCCUUAUUUGGUAGAGAUUGAUGUGGUUCAAGGGAAGAGAAUUCUGAGGCUGGAGGAGGUAGAUGGGAAUGGUGACGCAUGGAGGAGUGCUGAUGUGCUGUCUUUUAACACUGGACAUUGGUGGAGUCAUCAAGGGUCUCUUCAAGGGUGGGAUUAUGUAGAAUUAGGAGGCAAAUACUACCCAGAUAUGGAUCGUUUAGCAGCUUUGGAAAGGGGUAUGAAAACAUGGGCUAAUUGGGUGGACACCAAUAUUGAUAAAAGCAGAACCAAAGUGUUCUUCCUGGGAAUUUCUCCCUCACACAGCAACCCAAAUGAAUGGAGUUCUGGAGUGACAACAAAGAAUUGCUAUGGGGAAACUGCACCAAUCAGUGGUACUACUGGCACAGCAUACCCUGGUGCAUACCCUGAGCAAAUGAAGGUUGUGGAUAUGGUGAUUAGAGAAAUGGGGAACCCUGCUUAUCUUCUUGACAUUACAAUGCUAUCAGCAUUUAGGAAGGAUGCACAUCCUUCCAUUUAUAGUGGUGAAUUGAGUCCUCAACAAAGAGCUAACCCUGAUUACUCAGCUGAUUGUAGCCAUUGGUGCCUUCCUGGAGUGCCAGAUACUUGGAAUGAACUAUUCUAUACUGCUUUAUUCUACUGA